CCAGAGUGUCAUUCGUCCACUGCGAUUCGAGAUUUUGGUAUUGAACCGCGACCCUGUACUCAUCUCAACGCUAGUUUCUUUCUUGUGUUUUUUUGUUUCUUUUGUUUUAUCGUCAGACUCCGAGUGCUGCCCCGACUCCCCGAUUGUCGCUGUCACUUCUACUUGAACAAUGGCACCGAACGCAAACGAAUCGGGCGUCAAGGUGGACGUCAACUCCGAGGAGUUUGGCUUCCAGCCCGAAGACAUUGUCAUUUCCGGUAUAUCCGGAAGGUUGCCCGAGUGCGACAGCAUCGACGAGUUCCGGAGCAAGCUGUACGCCGGCGAAGACUUGGUCACCGGAGACCCGAGGAGAUGGCCCACCGGCUUGUACGGUGCCAUAAUGAGGACUGGCAAACUCAAGGACAUCACGCAAUUCGACGCUGAAUUUUUCGGAUAUCCUCCCACGUUGGCCGAACGUACCGACCCGCAGCAGAGGAUGUUACUGGAAGUCGUCUACGAGACCAUAAUCGAUGCAGGAUACCAUCCAAUGGCAUUGAAAGGCACCCGGACAGGAGUAAUCGUGUCGUUGUCGUCCAGUGAAUCGGCUGACUGGUGGUCACAAGAUCCGGAAAGAGUAAACGGAUACGAAUUCUUGGGCAACUCCAGGGCUAUGUGCGCUAACCGCGUUUCGAACUACUUCGACCUUAACGGACCUAGUUAUUCGAUUGAUACGGCUUCGUCCACCAGUCUGAUUGCUUUGCACCAAGGGUUUAAGCUCAUCCAAGACGGCGUUUGCGACAACUGUUUGGUGACCGGUGUGGAUUUGGUACUCAACCCGACCGUGUCGCUUAUGUUCCAAAAAUUGAACAUGUUGUCGCCCGGCGGCAAGUGUCGUUCUUUUGACGCCGACGGCGAUGGCUACGUGAGAUCAGAAGCCAUUGUCGCUAUACUGUUGCAGAAAGCCAAAUCGGCCAAACGCAUCUAUGCCGGGCUAUUGAACGUCGGUAGCAACGCUGACGGUUACAAGGACGAAGGCAUAACCUUCCCGUCCCAAGAGAUGCAGAUAUCGUUGUUCCGGCAAGUCCAACAAGAGGUCGGUGUCAACCCUUCCGAUCUGGCCUACAUGGAAGCCCACGGUUCAGCUACUAAGGUGGGAGAUCGUCAAGAAGUCGGCGCAAUCGUCGAAGUGUUUUGCAAAGACAGAAACGCGCCACUCUUGAUCGGUACACUCAAGUCGAACAUGGGACACGGAGAACCGGCUUCUGCGUUGUGCGCCGUCAUCAAAGUAGUAGUUGCAAUGGAAUGCAGACUUUUACCACCGAACUUGCAUUACAAAAUACCUAAUCCAGAUAUUCCGGCCUUAAUCGACGGAAGGUUAAAGGUUGUCACCAAAGUAACACCGUGGAAUGGUGGUAUAGUAGCUAUCAACUCUUUCGGCGUGGGCGGCGCUAACGGACAUUGCUUGAUGAAGUCGUACCCGCAAAAGAAAGCUCCCGAGAUAUUGGCCGAAGAACUGCCCAGGCUAGUGAUAGGUUCCGCCAGGAACGAGAGCGCCAUGACGUUUAUGUUGAACAAAAUCGACUCAUACCCGAGAGAUAAGGAAUUCUACGCCUUAUUGUACGGAGUCCAAAGUGAAAAUAUCGUUGGACACAAAUACAGAGGAUACACUUUGUUUAACGGCAUAUACGACAGAACUCGUCAAAUAGCUGAAUUCAAUGGUCAACAACGGCCCGUGGUUUUCGUUUUCCCCGGUGCUGGAGUUAAUUGGGCAGAUAUUGGCAACCAACUGCAAAAAUUGCACGUGUUUAGCGAGUCCAUUGAACAAAGCGCCAAUGUGCUCAAGAAUAAAGGUUUCAACCUCUAUUCGGUUCUUAAGUCUACAAGUUCUGCAGCCACUCAAGAUCCGCUCGUGUCGACCGUUGCUAUAACCGCCAUACAAGUCGCUCUUUUGAAUGUCUUCAAGAACCUCGAAAUAUCUCCAGACUACAUUGUAAGCCAAUCGUUCGGCGAAUUAGCGGCAGCUGUUGCCGAAGGUGUUUUGACAGCAAACGAAGCUGUUUUGUCGGCUUAUGAAAUCGGAAACGUUUUAGCACAAUCCCAAAAUGAUGUCGCCAAGGCGUCAAAGCAAAUUCAAUCCGCUUUACAAUCGGUUAUUAGCACUUCAAAAUCUGUUUCAAGCCGUUGGAUAAGUGCAUACGCAACAUUAGGCAGCCAACAACUAUCGGCUUCAUAUUUCGUAAAUAAGUUGUCAUCCAACGUGUCUCUCGAAAAUUUAAUAGCAAAUGGCCCAGUCGACGCCAUUUACGUGCAAUUCCUUGGUCAAUCAGAAAUCGAAAACAAACAAAACUCUGUGUACGUUAAUCUAGUUAACGACGACAACGAUACUCUGAAACAACUGCUGCUGAGUAUUGGAGAUUUAUUCAAUGCUGGUCUACAACCUCAAGUUGAACAUCUUUAUCCGCCAGUCAAGUAUCCAGUGUCAGGCGGUACUCCGAUGAUUCAGUCAUUAGUCGAAUGGGAUCAUUCAGUAAAAUGGCACAUCGUUGGCUUCAGUGGAAAGCCUCCUUCUAAUGCUGGAGAAAUUAAAUUGGAUGUUGAUGUUAGUACAGAUGACUACAGUUUUUUGAAAUCGUUUACAAUUGACGACUUGCCCACAUUCCCAUACGCUGGAUAUUUGGCCCUUGUUUGGAAAGGAUUAGCUCAAUUAUUACGAAAGGAAGCUAAUGAACUUCCAGUUAUUUUUAACAAUGUUGAAUUUUUACGUCAAACCGCAAUACCAGAAGAAGGUCUAAUUCAGUUUGUGCUCAAUGUCUUAACUUCGGGAGAGUUCGAACUUCGGGAAUCAGGUGAGAUCGUCGCAUCUGGUCAAGUAAGCUCCUCGAAUGAUGUUGACAAAGUACUUCUGGACUUGGCCUCGCCAAGAACAAAGAAAGACGAAUACUUACCACUCGAAUCGUCCGACGUCUACAAAGACUUACGUUUGAAGGGAUACGAUUACAAAGGCUCGUUCAGAGGCAUUCAGCUUAUAGAUAACGUUGGAUACAAUGCUAAGGUUUCUUUCGAUAAAAACUGGUUCGUAUUUUUGGAGAGUCUUUUCCAAAUUCCAGUUUUCCAAUUGGAUACUCGUGAUUUGUACACUCCGAAAUUCGUGCAAAAAGUAGUCAUCGACCCGUUGAAACAACAAAAUAUUGCUGAGAGUUCGUCCAACGUUAUUCCAGCCACGUAUUACAAAUACGUCGAUGUCAUUAAAGCCGGAAGUGUCGAGAUUAGAGGCUUAAAGUUGCAACAAAAAACUAUAAGGAACAAAGGCCAAAAAGAUCCAAACUUGGAAUUCUACACAUUCCAACCAUACUUUAGCGAUAAGCCUUCGAGAAACGCUCUGGACGCAUGUGUGCAAUUAGCAUUCGAAAACAGUGGCGGUGCUUUCAAAUUGAAAGUCGCCGAGGUUGGUACCGGAAGAAAAUUGGAAGCUCUCUACGCUAAAGCCGUCGUCGACGUCAUAAACACUGAACCAAUGCCAAGCGUGGAAAUUACUGUUUACGCUGACGACGUGACUGCAAUUGCGGAACCACUCGAAGAAGCCGGUGUGCGGUCCGUCGAAAAGGACGUGUUUACUUCAGGAGCGAUAGAUUCCAACUGCCAUCUCGUCAUAGCUGUAGACCAACUUGGAAAUCUGACACUAGUGAAAAACGCUAUUGACAGCUUGAAGGCUGGUGGGUGCGUUUUGUUCGUCGAAAGCAAAAAGCCAUCCGAACAGCUGAUCAACGGCACCGGUUUAGAAUUGGUAGCCAGUUUCCUAUCGCAAGACAACAAAACAUUUGUACUCUUACGAAAGAAGGUUGAUUUGCCGCCUCCGAUCGUGGUGAACUGUACAGGAAAUGACUUUGCUUGGGUCGAAACUUUCAAAGCCGCUUUCCAACAGGCUGAGAAUGAAAAUAAGCAAAUACUUUUGGUUAGCCAAGGUGUUGAAUUAUCUGGAAUUUUAGGUUUUGUUAAUUGUGUUCGCUUAGAGCCCAAUGGAAAUGCAUUGAGAUGUUUGUUCGUCGAGGAUCCAAAAGCUCCUAAAUUCUCUCUUACUUCUGAUUUCUACCGGAAACAACUGAAAAAAGACUUACUAGUCAACGUAUACCGCAAUGGUGAAUGGGGUAGUAACAGACAUUAUCUUCUGGAAGAUCAGACUAAUAGCACGAAAAUAUCAACGGAAUAUGCAUACAUUGCACCCAAGAAUGUUGGUGACUUGUCUACGUUGAGUUGGGUGGAAGGUCGUCUGAAGUACUUUAACCCUCAAGAAUACCCGGGACAAGAGCUGUGUACCGUUUAUUCUGCUCCGAUAAACCAUAUGGAUGUACUGUUUGCUGAUGGAUCAUUGACUCCAUUUUUCAACGCAGAUACUGCUAAACAAGGAGCUUACUUAGGUAGAGAAUUUGCUGGCCGAAACGCUAAAGGACAAAGAGUCUUCGGGUUGGUCUCUGGCAGUGCCCUAGCUACUCAUGUAGUAGCUGACAGUUCAACAUUGUGGGAAGUUCCCGACAAAUGGACAUUAGAACAAGCGUCGACCAUACCUGUGGCAUACGUUUUGGCAUACUAUGGGCUUUUUAUUCGUGGCAAACUGCAAGCAAACGAAUCAGUCUUUCUUAAUGCUGGAACUAAUUACACAGUAUUGGCAGCGUUGAACAUAUUACAAAACACUAAUGUGGAGGUGUAUGUUGCAGUAGACAACGAUUCGCAAAGAAAAUAUAUUGUAAACAACUAUCCAAAGAUUCCUAAGGAUAACAUCGUUAACAGUAAUUCGGCAGAACAAGAAAUCCUCGAGAAAACAAACGGAAAAGGAGUGAAUCUCAUUUUCAAUACAGGCGAACCCACACCACUUAAACUCCAGAGUUUCUUGCGGACUUUGGCCGAAAACGGACGCUUAGUUGAAUUUGAAAAGAAUAAGCAAACUAUCGAAUCGAUUGGUGUAUCUGGAAACUUCAGAAAUACAAGCGUUAUUAAAAUGAACUUGAAGAGUUUGUUCCAAGGCAAAUACUCUUUGUCCGAUAAACGAGAACUCAAUAAAUACAUAAGCGAUGGAAUAAAAUCCGGUGCAGUUGUACCAUUACCUGCUACUGUGUAUAGCAAUGAAGACGGUUUGGAAGAAGCUUUCAAAGUGACCCUUAGUUUUAAUUACGUUGGCAAAAUCGUAUUCAAAGUGCGCGAAGAAGAGUCGAAAAAAGUAGUAAUUCCAACGCCAAAGAAUGUCCAGGCAUUACCGAAAACAUUUGUUAAUCCAGAUAAAUCUUACAUCGUAGUCGGUGGAUUGGGAGGUUUUGGUCUUCAAGUGGCUAAUUUCCUGGUGACCAGAGGUGCUAAAAAAUUAGUUUUGGUAUCCAGGAGUGGCGUACGGUCUGGAUUCCAAUCGCUGUUCCUCAGAAGAUGGAACGAAAAGAACGUGCAAGUGGUUUCAGUUACAUACGACACUACUAAACCCGAAGGAGCUGAAACUUUAAUAAAAGAAGCCAACAAACUAGGACCCGUCGGAGGAAUAUUCCAAUUGGCCGCCGCAUUGCACGAUGCUUUGAUUAACGAUCUGACAGUGGCUCAUUUCAACCUGACCACGACCUCGAAAGCUGUAGCUACUCUGAAUUUGGAUAUUGCCUCCAGAAAAUUGUGUCCUCAGCUGGAAUACUUUGUUACCUGGUCUUCUGGAACAAGUGGUCACGGCACAGCGGGUCAAUCAAAUUACGGUUACGCCAACUCUGUAGCAGAGAGGAUCUCCGAGGCUCGCCAAGCAGCUGGAUACCCAUCCACUUGUAUCGAAUGGGGAGCGAUCGGAGAUGUUGGUAUGGUGCUAGACGCUUUGGACGACAACAACGCAAACAUCGGUGGAUCUUACCCUCAACGAAUGGCUACCUGUUUGAACGCUAUCGACAAUUACUUGCAAAAACCACACCCGGUGCUGUCCAGUAUGGUACUUGUAGAAAAGAAGAAAGCUACCGGCGAUACCGGAAGCAUGGGUCCCAUCGAAGCCGUCGCUAAAGUCUUAGGUAUCAAAGAAACCAAAAACGUGUUGGGCACGUCAACACUGACGGAACUGGGAAUGGAUUCGUUGAUGGGUGCCGACAUUAAACAAGUAUUGGAGACCGAUUACGACAUAGAACUUAGCGCCAAAGAAAUCCGAGAUUUGACGUUCAACAUUCUCAAACAGCUUGCUGAAAAUGCAGACUCAGAUGAAGAUAACAAGCCUGCUUCUGCUGUUCAAGAAACUGUUGGUGAAAUCAUCGUUUGCGGUUAAUUUUACUUUCAACUGUAAUAUUUUAUUCUUGUUAAAUUUUUAAAUAUGAUAAAUAAUAUAAUUUAAAUAGUGCUGCAUAA